AUGAGGCAGAUUAGGAAAAACAACACUAAUAUAAUAAAGAGAAAGUUUUUAUAUGUGUGUGAAUACAUUUUGUUCAUAUUUUUAGGAAAGUACCAAAUUCCUGCGGGAACACAGUACGCUAUACUGAUAUACGAUUUGCAUCGUCUCGGUGAACAGUUUGUUGAACCUCUGAAAUUCCGCCCGGAAAGAUUUCAGAUGGAACCAACAUGGCACCCCUACGCAUACUUACCGUUCAGUGCUGGACCCAGAAAUUGUAUGGGUCAAAAAUUUGCAAUGAUGGAACUGAAGCUAACUCUAUCAGCACUGUUGCGUCGCUACCGACUCCUGCCCGUCACCAAACCAGAAGACAUCAUCUUCCGUUUCGACUACGUUCUACGUGUUAAAGAUCCAAUUUACGUAAAACUAGAACUACGAAGUGAAGAUAAAUUAAAUAGAUAGGGAAAAUUUUAGACUUAGUUUUUGUACUUACUUUUUAUAAUUUUAUUUCAUUGUACACACUUGUACUUGAAUUUUAGAUCUUUUUCAUAAUAUUAUUGUGUAGGUAAUAAGUUAAUU